AUGCCGCCGGAGGAAGCGCGGCCGAUGUUGCGAGUCAAGGCGGAAGAGUUACGGUCCGUUGAUUUGUGGUUGGACUUGGUGCGAUUAGAAGCCGGAUUGGGGCCUGUGGAGCGGUACGAGACUCUGAAGGCCGCGAUAAAGUCGGUCGGCCACGACCCCCGGAGCGGCUUUUUGUGGGCGACGUUCUUUUCGCUGUUCGUCUCACUGCACAACGCGUUCUCGCAAGCGGCCGCUCGCCAAGAAGACGAGGAUGUCGCCAUGGCCCGCAGCGGCCCGCAAUCAGCGGUAGCCCCUCUGGUACAGCUAGUGCCCGCGGAAAUAAGCUAUUCAGAAAGACACGCAAGUUCAAUCGGCGACCAGAACAUUAACCAGUUUUUUACGUCGUCGGGACCAAGUGCGGGGUCGUCUAGUUCGUUGUUGAAGUCUCCAUUGAGCAUGAUGGUGCCGGAGUUGGAUGUGUCUCAGUGUGUAGAUCUUCUGGCUUCAUUAAGUUCGUUGACAGGAGAUCUGAACGUGCCGGAGUAUUGUGUGUACCUGCGGCAAUUGUGCAUGACACCGGUGCAAGAUGUGCACGUAAAGGGUGUGCGGCAAAUGCUGUCUGCGUUAGCGCCAGAGGCGGUGGUGGAGCCGGCGUGCAGUGCGGUACAGAAGGCGGACCUUAAGACGUACCCGUUGGCGUUAUUUACGCGUCCGGUAUCGGCAGUUAUACCUGCUUUGGAGGUGGGGUCAAUUUCCGGCUGGCUACGGAUUCUCCAACUGGAGAUGGAUGAUUGGUUGAGCAUUAAGCGUACCGACCACGGUUGGUACCAAGCGCGACUUGGUUUCUUCUUCGACGUCGCUCUCCGCCAGUGCGGUCAUGUACCAGACAUUUUCUUCCUCAAGGCUCAGAUGCUCUUCCGCGAAGAUCAACUCGAACAGGCACUGCACACGCUUAGCACACUACCACUCGCCGCCCGACGCGUGGAGCUCGCCUUCGUUGUAGCAGAUGCCUACGACCUCCUCCUUCGCGACGUACAGGCCGCUGUCACGCACCUCUGCGCCGUCCUCGCUGAUUACGUCCGUAGCACCACCCCCCAUCUCGCCAACGGCCAGGGCGCGAGUGACAACCACUCUCUGGCCGGUAAGAACCCUGGCAAGCUGGUGGCCGGCCAGGGGGUGGUGGCCGGCCAGGGAGUGGUGGCCGGCCAGGGAGUGGUGGCCGGCCAGGGGGUGGUGGGCGGCCAGGGAGUAGUGCAAAGCAGUCUGAUCUACCACAUCGUGCUGAAGCGGAUUCGUUUAUUGGGUGUGGCCGAAGCGAGGCGUUUGUUGGACGCGUUGGUAGACGACCUGAGUAUCCGGCCGCUGCUGAACGAGUCUCUAUGUGUGUCCUUGGUGUCGCUGUGCGCGUUCCUGCAGUUGGACGCGGUCUACAUCCGGCACUUGAUCGAGCAGUUUCUGGCGGUCUUGCCCGCGCCUUCUGCGAUGUUAAUAACGCUUCUGCACUCGGCCAGCUUCGCACCGCCGCCGGACUUCCUCGGCACCUACAGUAGUCGCCGGCAGCGAGGCGGCGACCUUGCCGACGACCCCGUCAUGGCCGAACUCGCCACGAUGGCCUUCGGCCAGGCCUAUAUAUACUCGCCCAACUCAGAAGACGUCCGCGCCUUCCUCAACCUCCGCUGUCUCAUGACGCCCCACCGGCACAUUGACUACCAACGGUACGUGGCUUUCGCUACCCAACUGCCUGCUCUCCACCUAUCACCACCCAUCGUCGACCCCUACCUGGACCCCUACAUGGCAAACGGUACACAGUCGGGCUUUUCGGGCUUGGCGCCCAGAAUCGACACACCCGAUCUCGAACGGAACCCGUUUACUGUCGACUCCCUCACCGUCACUCCCACCACCGUCAAAGGCGUCAUUGAACUCAGCCGGAAACUCGACGCUCUCCUCGACAUCGCCAGACAGAUCAAAGAAGGAGCACUCGAGACCGGACCUGGAACCAAACUCACGGCGCCUGCUGUGUUCAACGUACUCGGCAAGGCAGCUCAGAAACACCGACACCUCCUCACCGAAAAACAGUUCAACGACCUCCAAAGUUUGAGCGAGGACGAACUGUGUCUGCACACUCUCAACGUCUGGCUUGAGAGUAGUAACUAG